AAUAGUGGAGGCAGUCGUGAUGUUCCACUAAAAGAGGGAGCCACUACAGAUAUCAAAAUAGAAGUGACAUCAGAAGAUGGACAUGUCAAAAAUUACUUUGUCCAUGCCAGACGCUUAUCAGCAAAGGAUGCUGUCCUUACCAAACUUUCAGUCCAAAAUGGUACUUUGGAGCCAGAAUUCAAUCCCGGCCAAGAGAUGUACUUUUGUCUGCUGCCCAGCAACACUGUAACUGCUGUUGUUACUGCUGUUGCUCCAGACCCCAAAAAUGAUGUUUCUAUAAAUGGAAACCCACCGAAUUUACCAAUUUCUCUAAAUCUGGGAUUGACUGUUGCAAAUAUUGAGGUCACUUCUGCAGAUCAGUCUAAUAAAAAGGCUUACAAACUGGACCUAGUGAGGAAACAAAUUCCUAGAUAUGUCAAAUUCACAAACCCAAAAUCGGCCAUCGAGUAUGAAUGUCCCAUUUCAUUAAGCCCUUUGUACUGCCCCAUUACGAUCAAAAAUAGUAAUCCAAAGUGCACAUACAGUGGUCCUUCAAUAAUUGAGUUGACCAGAACAUCUAAGGUUGACCCGCUGACAGGACAACCCUUGCAACCAGGGUGGGAUGUUUGCGACCUUGAUUUGGAAAAGAAGAUGGCAGCAGAAAUGGUUGUUAUUCCGCUGACUUAUUCAG